AUGCGAACAGGUUUGCGCGGUCAAGGAUCAAGAGGAGAUGGCGUUGAAGCAGGUCAAAGCUCUUCUUCCAUACUCGAAAUAAUGAGAAAUUGGCGUGAAGAUGCUAUGAAACAUCAUCUCUACGAUACGGCCAUCUUUUGGGGUGAUAAAAUUCUCAGCCUGGAAACAGGACAAAUUGCAUGGAACGAUGCAUACAAUUUGGCAACUGCAUACUUUUUGACGCACAGAUAUGCUCAAGCAGAGCAUCUACUACGGACACCUUUACCGCUUGCACAUCUCGAAGAAAAUGAAGAAAAAGGUAAAGAGGUCAACAAUGGUACCGAAGACGCAGAUGAGGAUUCUGAUACCAAGGAAUCGCUGGAGGAUGACCAUGACGAGCUGAAUGCGGCAGUUGCUGCGACGCAUAAAAGUAGUAGACUUCCUGCUGCUAUGUUGGCAAAAGCGCAUGCAAUGCAACAGCUUGCAAGUGAUGGACAUUCAUCAGAUCCUUACGACGAAGAUCGGGAUGACCAUAUGAGUGAGGAUGGUUUACAUAAACUUGAUCGGAAACGCAAAGAUCGUCAAUUUACAGUUUCUGGUACGGGCACGGCUAGUGAAGGUGGUACAAGUGCUCCCGGAAGUGUAGCAGGUGAUUUAAACGGAGAUAUGGAAACAGACAGACCUAGAUCUUCAGCUCGAAGCAGUCGGAAUGACAAAGAGCAAAAGCUGGCGAUGGACGAAGUUCGUGGAUCUGAGAUUGCACCACCUGAUGGGAUUAGUCUGGUGAAUGUCAGCAUUCCCUGUCGUUAUUUGGCUGCACAGUGUAUGACUAGACAAGGCAAAUAUCAAGAAGCAUUGGACGAGCUUAGCGAUUGGAAAAGUGAGCAUAACGAUCUUCUAGAGCAAAGUUACAAACAACCAUCUAGAGAUGGGCUGAUCAAGUUGUCUAGCUCAAUUUGGCAUUUGAAAGGAUUAAUUCAGCUCCAUCUACGAAAUACAGAAGAGGCAAGAGAGAGUUUCAUGCGUAGCUUGAGUCUUGACAUCAAAAAUUUCGAAAGCUUUGAUCAUCUCGUUCGAGGACACUUGCUCACUGCUACUCAGCAAUGGGACUUUAUACAGAAUUUGGAGUAUGUUGCACAAGCGGGUGAGGACCCUGCUCAGCUGGAGGCAUUGCAUGUUGUCAGGUUGCUCUACACCGCAAGAUUGGACAAGAGUGGGCGAAUACACGCACAACAAGCAGCUGCUGCAAGACGACAAUUGGUGGGAAUAUAUGGUCUUGGAAACAGUCCUGAUGUCUUGCUAGGACUGGCAGAGGAAAUGUUUUCUCGAAUGCGUUAUGAAGAUGCCUAUACUGUUACUCAACGUAUCAUGGAAUUAUGCAAAAACCACGAAGCAAGUUUGCCGGUUCACAUUUCUACAAUGUAUAUGAUCGAAAGGCUGCGACCGGCUCUAUACCUCUUAGCACAUCAUUUGACCGAUGCAGAUCCGGAUAUGGCUGCUGGCUGGUACGCCGUCGGAUGUUGGUACUUUGGUACCAAGAGAUGGUUGGAAGCACGAAAGUACUUCAGCAAAGCCGUUCAAAUGGAUCCAAGAUUUGCGCCUGGAUGGGUUGCCUUUGCACAUACGUUUGCCUAUGAAGGAGAGUCAGAUCAAGCGGUGAUCUCGUAUAGCACAGCAGAAAGAAACUUUAGUGCUAAUUUCUUGAUCAAGCUAUUCUUGGGUAUGGAGCACUUAUCUCAAGGUAACCUCACUUUGGCAGAAUUAUAUCUCACCGGAAGUGCGGAAGUGUGGGAAGAAGAUGCUCUCAGUAGAAAUGAGAGAGGUGUUGUUGCUUAUUAUAGUGGCAGGAUGGAGGAAGCCAUUCAUCUCUUUCGUUCGGCGCUUGAAGCCGCAAAGGAUGUUCAACAACCUGCAAAAGCGUGGAUCUCGACUCAUCUCAAUCUUGCUUUCGCAUUACGCAAAACCGGUCAGCUACCUUCUGCACGACAAUCAUUCUUGCGUGUAUUGGAAUUAGAUCCGGACAUGGGUAUUGCCUAUACUGGUGUGGCGAUGUGCUUCCACGGAGAAGGAGAGGUAGACGAAGCAAUCACUUGGUACCACCGUGCAUUGGCAAGUGAUCCGACCGAUAAGCAUGCAAACGAAUUACUCUCGUUUGCAUUACAAGAGAGUGCUUCAAGAACACCAACAAGUUUCAUGAAUGCUGCCGAUCGAUUGAUCAUUGAAGCGGAUGACAAGAGAAGACACGUAAGAAUUGAAGAUGGUUCGAUUAAUGGCUUAGAUACAGGCAAAGAUCCAUUUGGCAUCAAAAUCGAAUCUGGAGAUCAAACUGCCGCCAUUCAAAACCAGUCGAGUACCAUGGAUGAGGGUACGCGAGAAAUGACGUUGGCAGAAGGUAGCGCGAGCAUUGACAUGGAUGAAAGUUAUUGA